UCCAUCAUCUCUCACCAAUUUACAACUGGAUCAUAUAGAUUAUUACAGCAAUCUCCCACAACUCCUCUUAACCCUCAAACUGCUCAAAAAAAUAGUGAGAAUAAAUUGGAGUUACAAAUCCCACCUGAAAUAUUAUUGGACACACGUCAUCCUGAACCAGUUCGUCAUGAAGUCAUCAUAUCUGAAAAACCAUUGAAAACAAAUGAUCUUGAAAAUUUUGAUGUUCAACUUAAUUUUCAUCGUGAACCUAAUACCAUAUCUGAUAGGUUCGCUUAUUAUUUUGUUAAGUUGAUAAGACUUCCUACUGAUUGGUUUUUUAAGAAAAAAUAUAUUCAUCGAGCAGUUAUGUUGGAAACGAUUGCUGCAGUUCCAGGUAUGGUUGGAGGAACUAUCCGUCACCUUCGAUCUCUCAGGAAAUUGAAACACGAUGGAGGUUGGAUUCAUCAUUUGCUUCAUGAAGCUGAAAAUGAACGUAUGCACUUGAUGACUUGGAUGCGUAUCUCUCAACCUAAUGCGUGGGAACGCGCUUUAAUUACUUUUGUUCAAGGCAUUUUCUAUAAUGCUUUCUUUGCUUUAUACUUGAUUAGCCCAAAAACAGCACAUCGUGUUGUUGGUUACCUUGAAGAGGAAGCUAUAGUCAGUUAUACCUCUUUUAUUAAAGAAAUUGAUGCGGGUAAUAUUCAAAACAUGAAAAAUAUCCCUGAUAUAGCUAUUGACUAUUGGCAUCUUGAUCGUGAAACUGCGACUUUACGCGAUGUAGUUUUGGCGAUCCGUGCUGAUGAAGCUACUCAUCGUGAUACGAAUCAUCACUUUGCUGAUCGAAUUGUGCUUAGUCGCGAAGAUUUAAGAGAAGAUGUUAAUCGUAUAAUUACUAAAGAACCAUAUAAAUUUGGGGAGAAACUUAGAAAAGUUGCAGGGUUUAGCAAUACCGCUAAUGAGAAAUGGGAGAAGUGA